GCCUAGCAACGAAAACUUACCUAAAUUCAAUUUUCAAAAUGCAUGAAGUACUUGAAAACGAUGAUUGAAGAUUUACAAUUUUGAAAUUGAAUAGUGAGAGUAAUGUUUCAAAAAAAAAUGCCUUUUUAAACGUAAUGAAUUUGCUAACUGCAUAGCUGAUGUUCUAUUCUUUACCUACAUUAAUGGAUAUUUGUUUUGUUCUUAGACAGUAUGACUCCUAAACUUUUGUAUACAAUCGAACAGCCCCAUGGUCUGGGCGAGCUAUACUUCCUGUGGCAGAAAGGGGAGUCCCACUCGCUGCUGGCCACUACAGGAACUGAUGCUACAGUUGCCAUCCAUGAUCGCUCUGGGCAACUGCUGGAGAGAAUGAAGUUGCCAGGGCUCUGUGCAGGCAUGGAAUGGGACAAUGAUGGAGAUUACUUGGCUAUAAUAACUCCAAACAGUAACACUGUACUUCUAUGGGAGUGCCAUGCCAACAAGCGAGUGAACAUAGAGACAGGCCUCCGUGAGCCUCCAUCUUGCUUGGCUUGGUCAUAUGGGGAGCCCUUGUUGGCUGUUGGGACACAGAAAGGAAACUUAGCACUGUAUAAUCAUCAUACAACAAAGAGGAUACCCAUUAUAGGCAAGCACACAAAGAAGAUAACUUGCGCCGCGUGGAACAGGGACAGUAUACUGGUGCUGGCGUCCGAUGAUAAGAAUCUAUCCAUCAACAACUCCGACGGGGACACCCUACGCAUGAUCUCGUUGCGGGAUGUACCCAACGAUCUACAGUUCUCCGAGAUGAAAACUGACGAGAGGGUUGCGGGAGAAAAUACGAUAAGUCUCGUAGUAGCAAAACGAACAUUAUACCUAUACAACCUCCUCAACCCAGAGAACCCGAUAGAGCUGGCGUUCCAGCAGCGUUACGGUACGAUAGUCUCAUACAAAUGGUACGGCGACGGGUACAUUCUCAUCGGGUUCAGCAACGGGUAUAUCAUAUCGAUAUCCACUCAUAUCAAGGAGGUUGGGGAGGAGCUCUUCCAAGUCAAGAACCAUAAGGACAGUUUGACUGAGGUUGCUGUGUUCAACGGGCAAGCAGCAUCUUGUGGGGAUGGGCAACUAAAACUAAUAUCAGUGUGGAACAACGGCGAAGUGUCCGGCUCAGUGAUCCCAGUAGGGGGCGCUGAGCGAUGCGCGUGGAGCGCAGACGGGCGGUUGCUGGCCGCGGCGGGGCGCGGCUACCUCAGCGUGUACGUCACUAGCCUGCCGCCGCUCUGCGCCGCGCACGGCACGAGAGUCGUCGCUCUGACCAACCUCACCGAGGUCACCGUGUACCAGUGCAUCGCUGUGGGGGACGAGCCGGAGCCUGUCAACAAGGCGGAACCGACAGCGUUAGCGAGCUACAACUUACCGACGGAGCCCAGUGUCAUAGGUCUGGGGGCGGCUCACGUGUGCGUGGUGAGCGGACAGGUCGGUUCCUUCUACCCCCUGGGCGGCGGGCCCGCAAUAAGGAGACACUACCCGGCCACUGUGGAGACGCUGAGGGUGUCGGGGCAGUACGCCGCUGUCACAUAUCAAGGUCGAGCUAUGUUGCAUUCUAUUGAGACUCCAGAACCAACGGAACCAGAGCGUGAGGCGAUGCUAUUCCCCGAGCCGCACAUGCAAGGGGCUAAAAUUGUUGACAUUCAUCUGACCAGUGAUUUCUUUAUAUUUGUCACUGAGCACGGGCACAUCGAAUACUUUGGUCUAGAGGAAUGGCGGACGUGUUCCCGCUACCGCCACGCGUGCGGCGCGGUGGCUCUGCACUGCGACAUCAGCGGCGCACGCGCCUUGCUGCUGGACGAGCGUCGCCGAGCGCACGUGUACUGCGCCCCGGCGGCCGAGUUGUGUACCAUGCCAGAUCAGCUCACAGUGAAAAGUGCAAUAUGGGAUAUAUGCUUGUCGGAUCGCAACGUGUUCGCGAUAUACACGGGCGAGGCGGUUCACACGUACCACUACUCGCCGGCGUCCACCGCUGGCUCGCACGUGGACUUCGUGGCCAGCACCAGUGUGCUGCCCGAUCAGAUACCGCUCAUACUGUUCUCUGGGGACGUGUACUGCUAUGCUAGUGGUGGCAAUGUGAUGAAAAUAGCUCUGGACUCGCACAAUACAAGCGGUCUAGCGGACGCAGACACAGAGAAGCGUCUAGCGAAUCAAAGGAAGCAUAUCGAGAAACUGCUCCUUCUGCGACGCUUCUCCGAAGCGUGGCUGUUCUGUGACGCAGUGGACGAAGAAGAGAUGUGGAGGAAACUUGGCGAAGCGGCGAUCUCUGAGCUUAAUGUAGAUUUUGCCAUUCGAGUAUACACGCGUUUGAGCGACGUGGCCAUGGUGUGGGCUCUCGAAGACGCCUCGAAUAUCGAAGAGCUGCCAAUUCUAAGUGGCUUAUUAUGCGCGUGUCUGGGCAAGGGCGACGCCGCAGCGCGAUGGCUGGAGAGCGGCAACAGUCUGUACGCCUUAGACUUGCACGCCGCGCGAGGCGAGUGGGCGCGCGCGGCAGAUAUCGCCGCCGUGUCGUGCCCAAGUAAAGCGCCCGCCAUCACCCUGCACCAAGCCACACACGCGGAGCUCACGGCGGAUUAUCACGAGGCACUCGCCAAUUACGAGAAAAGCAUGAUAACCGAAAACACCAACGACGUAAAAGUCAAAGAACACAACGCGAAAUGCGAGGCGGGUAUCGCUCGAAUGUCCAUACGAUGCGGUGACGUCAUGCGAGGAGUCACCACCGCUAUGAAAUAUUCCCAUGAUAUCCAUUUAUUAAAAGACUGUGCACAAUUGCUCGAAGAAGAGAAACAGUACAGUCAUGCUGCUGCAUUAUACGACCACGCGGGUAAUACAGAAAAAGCGGCUUCCCUAUACAUUAAAUUAAAAUCCUGGCUAAAAGUAGAGUCUUUAAUCCCAAAAAUAAACUCCCCAAGCAUUCACCUACAAUACGCAAAAGCUAAAGAAGCAGAAGGUAGAUAUAGCGACGCUCUAAAAUCUUAUUUAAAAGCUCAGGAUUUCGAAUCGGCUAUACGAUUGAAUUUAGAUAAAUUAGACGAUAUAGAUGAAGCAGUCAAUCUGGUUCAGGAAACUAAAUCCGUUCAAGGGGCAAAAAUGGUAGCGAAUUACUUCCAAAACAGUGACGACCCCACUUCUGCGAUAAAAUUUUUGGUUAUGUCUCUGUGUUAUGACGAAGCGUUUCAACUUGCAAGGAAAAAUGGGAAGUUGCAUUUGUAUGGGGAGAUAUUGAUACAGACUUCUCAAGCGAGGCCGGAGGAUUUUAAAAGCUUAGCUUUGCAUUUCGAAGGGGAGAAGAACUAUUUGUUGUCUGGGAAGUUUUAUUUUCAUGCUGGGGAGUAUAAUAAAGCCAUGACGCAUCUAUUAAAAGCGGGUAGUUCGGAAGGGGAAGAGAAUGAAGCUAUUUCGGUGGCUAUUGAUGCAGCUGCUGCUAGUGAUGAUGAACGAUUGACUCGAAGAUUGAUAGAAUUCCUCUUGGGAGAAGCAGAUGGUAAUCCUCGUGAUCCAAGGCAUCUGUUCCGAUUGUACAUGGCUAAGAAGCAGUUUAUGGAAGCUGCCAAGACGGCGGUAAUCAUAGCGGGCGCAGAAUGCUCAGCGGGCCGAUAUCGGGAGGCGCGAGACGUGGCGCGCGGGCUGUGCGCGGCGCUGCGUGCGCGCGGCGUGCCCGUGCCGAGGGAUCUGAUGAGAGCGGCGGUCUUAUUACAUUCAUACAUAUUGGUUCGCACUCACGUGAAGCGAAGUCGCCACGACCUCGCCGCGCGGCUGUUGCUGCGGACGGCUGCUGAAGUGUCAUUUUUCCCGACGCAACAACAUCAGGUAUCAAUUUUGACGUCCACGGUCAUCGAAUGCGGUCGCGCGGGGUUGCGACACCAAGCCCACCACUGGGCGCGCGCGCUCAUGCAGCCCGAGUAUCGGGAACAAAUCGAUCCUAAAUACGUGAAGAAGAUUGAAUCCGUAGUGCGUCACGCGCCGCGCGACGUCGCACCGCCUGAGCCCACAGCGCCGUGCCCGCAGUGCGGUGCGGACCUGCCCAUUGCGGAGCUGACGUGCGCGCGCUGUGAAGCCGAUGUGCCCUUCUGUCUCGCUACGGGUCUACACAUAGUGAAAGACGAUCUGACCGCUUGCCCCGAGUGCGAUUUUCCUGCCAUUUUGUCUGAAUUCAAAGAAAUUCUACGCGAGGAAGGGAAGUGUCCGAUGUGCGGCGAAACCGUGGAUUACAGAAGACUUAGCAAAAUCGAUGAUGUUACGUUAUAUUUAGACUAUAAGUCCAGUGAGUAAGGUUUAAAUUGCAAUGAAUUUAAGUGUAACUGAUGUGAUUACUAUCCGUCCCUGUAGAGAUAAGAUCGAUUUAAUAUAAUCGCCUUAAAUUAGUCGUUAUCUUUAGUUAUGCUGAUUUUAUCAAUUACAUAAUAUUAUUAUGUAGUAUUACAAAGUAUGUAUUUUAUUAUAAGUUGUAUAGAUUUUUGGAGAUAAGAAAAUCGUUUGAGAUUAGUGAUUUUUUAAUGUUAAAUAAAUAAGUUUAA